CCGGGACGCCAAAAAUGAUUCGCACGUGGAAUGUGGUGCGAUUUUGUGCAAAAACAGCUAGCAGCACCGUACAAUGUCGCCGGGAGUUCAGUGUGGUGCGUAGUGUGCAACAAAGGCUGUCUUCCGCUCUGCUGGUACCACGUGGUUCACGAACAGUCGACUCAUCAGCUGCUUCGGAGUCCUCUGUGUUGGACGCUACGGAAGAGCUUGCCGCCGAAGACGAGCUGCUGAACAAUCAGAGAAACAUACCUAAUUUGAAGGUGAGGCAGCUGCUGAAAGAUGUCCCGAAAAAAAAGUUUCAGCACGACAAAGUCCCACACAACGAGAACAGGAAGAUACCAAAGCCGGCACACAAGCAAACAGACAUCGAGAAAGACACACUGCGAAUCGUACAGCAUCGCUACCAGGAUCCGUGCGCAUCAGAGGAUCGGUUUGACAAAAAUUUAAAACUACGCUACACGCUGCUGCAGUCCAACGACGACCGGUACCGUGAUUUACAGUCGCUGAUGGGUUCUCGGAAAAAGCGCGAACGCGAAAAGCUCCUGGUACUGGAAGGAAGGCGGCUCAUAAUGGACGGCUACGGUGCCGGUUUACGCCUUGAAGCGAUUGUAACGAGCGACUUAAAGCUGCUGGCGGAGCUCACCUGGAAGCCAAAGCCAAAAAACUGUCCCACUUUUCUCGUCAACCGGCAAACCAUGCUGGAAUGGUCCUCGUUGACUACCAGCCCGGGGCUAAUAGGCGUCUUUGCCGAGCCACCCAACCUGACCGAUUUAAUCACCCGAAACGCGCAGGGCAGCAAACGACUUCCGGUGACGGUGGUUUGCGACAACAUUCGCGAACCGAACAAUUUGGGCAGCGUAAUACGUAGCUGUGCGGCGGUAUCGGUGCAGGAAGUAAUCUUGCUGAAAGGCUGCGCUCAUCCGUGGGAUUUGAAAUGCUUACGCGGUGGUGCCGGUGCACACUUUCGCGUUCCCGUUCAUGGUCCGUUGGAACCGUACCAGCUGCCGGAAUACUCGCGCGCCGGAUCUAUUUAUGUGAUUGCCGAUAAUAAGAAACCGAACGACGAACGGCAUGGGUUCCGGUGGCGGCAUUACGACCAGAUCGAUUACGGAAAUGCCGAGCACGUGGUGCUGGUAAUUGGUGGCGAAACGUACGGCGUUAGCGAUGACACAAGAACCCUGGUACACGAGCUUACUCAGACAGAGAACAAGCAAAUGACCGAUCAAGCUUUCGUGGCACACAUUCCACUCUCGAACGGUGUCGAAAGUCUAAAUACGGCAUCGGCGUUGAGUGUUCUACUUUACGAAAUGAGACGAUCACUGGUGCAUCUGAGGCAGGAUGAUAAGGAGACGAAUUGA